AUGAACCAAAUGAAUGUUGCUGGGAUGAACCCCGGUGCUGGAGGCCCGGUCGGAGGUGUUCCGAUGAUCAAUAAUGGCUCGACUGCACCUCGUAACGAUGGAACUAUGACCAAUAUCCAGGAUGUGAUGAUCAACAACCUGAACACGUAUAUCUACGAUUAUUUCUUGAAACGCGGCUACCACGACUGUGCAAGAGCUCUUGUGAAAGAUGAAUCGAUUAAGCUAAAUACCGAACCCCCCAUUAAAACGAGUCCCGGUCACCGUCGCGAUGGCGAAGUUAACGGCAUCGAAGGCGACGCGAUGAUGACAGAUGGUAAAGAUGGCGAGAAAUUGAAAAUCCCCGACGAUCUUCCUCGACCCAACCUGGGAAGUGAAGGCCAGCAAUCUUCCUUCCUUUUGGACUGGUUCAGUUUGUUCUGGGACUUCUUCUGGGCCCAGCGCAAGAAGGGUAACAGCAACGAUGUGAGACAGUAUCUUCAACACACUCAGAAUUUGAUGCGCUUCAGGGAGCAGCAGCAUAAUCAGUUAUUACGGAACCCUCAGCAAAUGAUGCCUGGUCAGAUGAACCAGCUUAACAACAUGCGACGCAACGGCAUGGUUCCUCCUAAUCUCCAAAAGACCGUCCUGCAGAACAAUACCGGUGGCUUCUCUCAACAGCAAUUGGCCCAACUCCAAAAGAGCCAGCAAAUGCAAAUGAUGCAACAGAUGCAACGAGAACAUUCGGAGAUGGACCUGAACGGCCAUCGUCCUCAAUCCCCAUCGUCCGCCGAUAAUGCACCCUCCCCGUCGAAGCGUCCCCGUCUCGAAGGCGGCCAUAUGAACGGACAACAACUCGCUCCCAACGGACGUGGCCAGCCACAGGCUAUGCCAGGUCAACCGAAUCCCGCAUUAUUGAUUCAGAAUGGGCUCAACCCCCGCCCCAUGAACCCAAAUCAGUUCCAGGCUUUCCAGCAGUCGGGUCCGGCUGCACAGCCAAAAUCAAUCCAGGUAUAUGCUCAGAACUUGGCUCUUCAUCACUCUCGCUCAGCAAUGAAUAAUCAGGGCAUGCCGAAUGGUUUGAUCAAUGCCGGCGUUAUGCCGAACCAGGGGGAUCUGGUGCCCAUGCCAGAUGCUCAGGGUAUGUAUCCGAUGAACGGCGAAUUUUACGGCGCGAACGGCCAAAUGGCCCAGGUAAGGGCUGGGGUUCAGACGCCCGGUGGUCAGCAUGGGAACCACGCUCUCCAGGAUUAUCAGAUGCAGCUUAUGCUCCUCGAACAGCAGAACAAGCGUCGUCUGAUGAUGGCUCGUCAGGAGCAGGACAGCAUGGCCCGUGGACCCGACGGCCAGCCGCUUCCUGGCCAACCACUUCCUGGCCAGCAGGGACAACCACCGCAGCAGGGUCAGUUGCCACCGGGAACCUCUCCCCAGGGUAGUCGCACCGGCACGUCGCCGAAUCCCAACGAUCAAAUGAAGAGGGGUACCCCCAAGAUCACCCAAACCGGUCUCCCUGGCUCCCCCAGUGCCGCCGAUGCGAUGGGCCAAGGCCGUGGUUCCCCCGCUGCGAUGAACUUUGCCGGUACCCAGAUGCCUCCUGAGAUGGCCGGAGCUCAGUUCUUCAUGAAGGGCAUGCAGGACGGUAUGCCCGGUCCCAACGGUAUGCGACCACCCAGCUCAAACCCGGCAUUCACCGGCCCCCAGAUGGGUCAACCGAUUCCUGCGGGUGUGAACCGCAUGCCAAAUGGGGCCUGGCAGCCACAGCAAGGUCAACCCAUGGCACCGCAGCAAUCUCCUGUCGUCCAACCUCCGACUGGGACGCCUCAGAACCAGAACCCGAUGCCACCCCCCCAGGCUCCUCCAGCUGCUGGUGCUAAUGCUGGACGAACCCAGCCUCCCUCUCCCCAGACUGGAGCAGCUGCACCACCGACACCGCAGCCUGGAAACAAGGCCGCCCCGAAGAAGAAAGAGCCAAAGGGAGCGAAGCGACCCUCGAAGAAAACUGCUACAGCUGCCGCAGCUGCCGCGGCGGCGGCGGCAAACACUGCUGCUACACCCUCGUCUGAAGCAGAGCAUCCACCAACCCCGACACCAUCAACCCCGAUUACUCCCCAACACCCUAGCUCCUUCAACAAGAAUGGUGCCAAUGCCACUACCGGGGCUCCGCAGCAACCAACAUCCGCCCCUGCUCCACAGCCACUCGUCCAGCAGCCUCCUCCCGACCAGACCCAGCAAACAUUCAAUGAUCUUAGCAUUCCUGAUGCGUCUGCUUUCAACCUUGAUUUCAGCGCACUGGAGAACCCAGAUAUUCUGGAGAGUUUCGACUUUGACACUUUCCUCAACACGGAUACGGACUCUGCUGGGUUUGGUUUUGACCCUAGCAUAUCCUAUCCAGAUGGUGUAGAGACGGCCACAGAUGGCCUGUGA